AAGCUCUGAAUAAGGUUUUUUUUUUUGGCCAAGUCUAGAAAUGAGCAAUAUUAGGAGACAGAUUGAGGUCCUAAAAGAGGACCAAAAUGCAAAGAAAUGGUGUUUUUCUCUCCGGGAUGAUGUGUUCAAACUGUUCAUUUCACAAGGCAAUAUUCCAACGCUGAACAAAGUGUUUGGUGAUGGUUCAUUGUUCAGCCCCUUGUUGUUUGGCAAGUUUUUUGACCCUUCUGAUGCUUUCCCACUUUGGGAUUUUGAGUCUGAAAUCUUGUUGUGUAAUCUCCGGAGCUCUGGCCAAACAAGUGUUGAUUGGUGCAAAACUGACCAAGAUUAUGUGCUCAAAGGAGAACUCCCAGGGAUUGGGAAAAAUAAUGUUCAAGUGUAUGCUGAGAAUCAGAAGGUUGUGGAGAUUUGUGGGCAAUGGAAUCAGCAGAUGAGAGAGGGCAAGAACAAGGACUGGAGAAGUGGCAAUUGGUGGGAAUAUGGGUAUGUUCGGAGGCUUGAGCUGCCAGAGGAUGCAGAUUGGAAAAAAGUUGAGGCAUAUUUGACAAACGACACAAUUUUAGAAGUUAGAAUUCCCAAGAAGCCCUUGGAUGGUGAUUCCAAUCAAGGAAGUGAUCAUGUUUCUUCUAAAAAUUCUGAUGAAGUGUAAGUAUACAUAUAUAACUGAAUACUGCUUAGAACUAGCCUAUUUUUGACCUUUUGAGUGCUUAAAAAUCAAAACUAACUUCUUUUUGUUGAACAAA